UCUGUCCUCUCUCUCUCCCCCUCUGCGAAGGUACCAUCAGCGACUGCGGCACUUCCCAUGGACUAGACUAUUCUUACAGCAAUAAAAGUUAGUUUAUUGAGAGAACCUCCCCCCAAUAAACCCCCAAACCAAACUCUCCUCUGCAAGCCUGAGGAGACUGUUUCAGCUAACAAGGAAGACUAGCCGUGAAGCCAGGAUGCUCUCCGAAGCUGUCUCAUUGCUGCUGCUUGUGGCUGGCAUCCGCUUGGUGUCCGGAGGAGGCGCUGGAGGUGGAGGAUAUGCUCAAGUGAAAUAUAUGCAGCCCAUGGUGAAAGGGCCCCUGGGCCCCCCAUUCCGGGAAGGCAAAGGGCAAUAUCUCGACAUGCCACCGCUCCUGCCAAUGGAUCUCAAAGGGGAGCCAGGCCCCCCAGGAAAACCAGGCCCAAGAGGACCUCCAGGCCCCCCAGGCUAUCCAGGAAAACCAGGCACUGGGAAACCCGGACUUCACGGCCAGCCAGGCCCUGCUGGCCCCCCUGGAUUUUCUGGUGUUGGCAAACCAGGUAUCCCAGGGCUCCCAGGAAAGGCAGGUAUGAAAGGGAUGCCCGGCCUCAAAGGUGAACCCGGCAUGAGAGGUGAGCAAGGGCAGAGGGGAUUACCUGGCCCGCCAGGAUUGCCUGGGCCAGCAGGCAUCUCAGUCAAUGGGAAACCAGGCAUGCAGGGCACUCCAGGGCUACCAGGAUUUCGGGGUGAGCCUGGGCCAAAAGGGGAGCCAGGGCCUCGGGGGGAGCGUGGCUUAAAGGGUGAAAAUGGCAUUGGGAAGCCAGGGUUUCCGGGUCCCCGAGGAAAUGGAGGACCCCCCGGCCCUGCUGGGCCUCCAGGGCCAAACGGCAUUGGGAAACCAGGGUUUGAUGGCUUACCAGGUGCUCCAGGGGGGAAAGGCGAGACGGGCCCAUCUGGAGCCCCUGGGAUCAAUGGGGAACCUGGGCCAAUGGGGCCCCGGGGUCCACCAGGGAUUGAUGGAAUAGGCAUCCCGGGCGUCGGGGGGGUUCCAGGUAUGCAAGGCCCCAUGGGGCCAAAGGGAGAACCUGGUAUCCGUGGCCUUCCCGGUUUACCUGGCCCUGCAGGCUAUGGGAAACCAGGUUUGCCAGGCUUAAAAGGAGAUCGUGGGCAACCUGGGAUCCCAGGAGCCAUUGGCGACAAAGGGGAACCAGGCAUAGAUGGGGAAGCAGGUGAGCAGGGUCCGCAGGGUGUCAUUGGACCCCCCGGGGUGCCGGGCUCCAUGGGUUUGCCAGGCAAAUACGGACUGCCAGGCCUCAAAGGUGAGGUUGGGCUGCCUGGGCCCCCAGGAAUCCCAGGGAUGCGUGGAGACCAAGGGCCAAACGGCUUUGCAGGGAAACCAGGGGUACCUGGAGAGAGAGGUUUGCCUGGGUCACAGGGACCACCUGGCCCCACGGGGCCAAAAGGAGAACCAGGGUUCACAGGAGUUCCUGGGGUGCCAGGGUUAACAGGUAGCCUAGGACCAAAGGGAGAUGCAGGAAUUCCAGGCCAGCCAGGCCUGAGGGGCCCAUCUGGUAUUCCAGGCCUCCAAGGCCCUUCUGGUCCCAUGGGGCCACAAGGCUUACCAGGGCUGAAAGGGGAACCUGGCCUCCCAGGCCCUCGAGGGGAGGGGAAGGUAGGGGAGCCUGGCAUUACAGGACCCAUUGGCCCACCUGGAAUACCUGGGACACGUGGAUUAAAUGGACCCCCAGGACCUCCAGGGCCGCCUGGUCCCCCCGGGGCACCAGGGGUGUUCGACGAGACAGGCAUCGCUGGGCUGCACUUGCCGGAUGGAGGUGUGGAAGGAGCGGUGUUAGGGAAUGGUAAGCCUGGGAAACCGCAGUAUGGCAAAGGGGAGCUCUCUGCCCGGAUAGCACCUGCUUUCACCGCCAUCCUGACCUCCCCGUUCCCAGCCUCUGGCAUGCCAGUCAAAUUCGACAGGACUUUGUACAACGGGCACAACGCCUACAAUCCAGCCACUGGGAUAUUCACCUGCCCCAUCUCCGGCAUCUAUUACUUUGCCUACCAUGUGCACGUCAAAGGGACUAACGUCUGGGUGGCGCUUUAUAAGAACAAUGUGCCCGCCACAUACACCUACGACGAGUACAAAAAAGGCUACCUGGAUCAAGCCUCAGGCAGCGCAGUGCUUGAACUCAAAGAGAAUGACCAAGUCUGGGUCCAAAUGCCCUCGGACCAAGCCAAUGGGCUGUACUCCACAGAAUACAUCCACUCCUCCUUCUCCGGCUUCCUGCUUUGCCCCACAUAACAGCUGUUGGGUGUUUCCCCUUUUUACCCACUUUAGCCAUAAACUGUCUUGUUUUUUUAAUAUUUUUUUUUAAAAAAUAAAAGAAAUACAAAAAAGAGAAAUCACUGGGAAGAACGUGCAAGUCAUUGGCGCAGGACCUCACUUCACACUGUUCACUCAAAGAGUCAAGUGGAUAAGGGGAAAGGAGUCUCUGUUGUUUCAGGGGGGCAAGUGGGAGAGGUGUCUUUGGAAUAAAUUUUACCUUUGUGACUGCACAUCAAACACAGAAACUAACUCAGGCUGGCUAGGAUCUAGCUAUGCAACUACAUUGUUCUUUAAGUCAGAGAAGGAAAGCUGAAGAAUCUAGAUCCUUCUUGGUUUAUAAUCAAGUGCCCUUGUGUUCUCGCUGUUGAGUACUAGUUAAAUAAAUAAAGCCAUUUUGCAUAUUCGUUUGCUUAGGAUCCCUGGAUUGGCUAUCUCAAAUCUCUAGAGCAGUGGAGAUUCCUGGUGGAUUGACUAUCACCUUCCCAAUCAAUCAGUUCCCCACAUUUCAAUCUUAAUGGCGCUUGAAUUAGUCUCUCGGAUUCGAUCAGGGUGGGUGGAUUUAGUCAUCAAAAGGGGAUCGCUUUGCAGAAGCACCUUUUUAUAAGUAAAUAUUUAAGAAAAAAUCUUUAGGAACAAAAAAGAACAUUAGUAGCACCUGGCAAUAGGAUGGGUGCCAAAUAUACUCCAAAGCCAUUCGGGGAAUUUGGGACCUCCUGUGAUGAACAAUGUUCCUUGACCUUGUAUUAAUUCCUGCAUUAGCAAGUCAAAGGACCAGUUCUAUCACAUAUAUUUCUGUAGCCCUCAGACUUGUUUGGGCUUAUGAAUGUUUUAUCAUCUGACAAUCCAAGGAUGGCGCUGCAAGCAUGGCUUACAUUGCUACUAGCUGAUUUCAUGGAAGGUUUAGCUCUGCUUUCUUUAAGGUGCCAUUUAUGGACAACUUACUUUUAAUGUCUACCUUUCUUUCAGGAUGUGCACACUUUUUUUUCCUUCCCCUUGGGGAACUUAUUAAAAAAAAAAAAAAAAAAGCAUUCAGUCUAACUUUCCAUGCAUUCAUUUUACAAUGGUGCUAUUAUCUACUCAACAAUGUUAUUUACAAGCAUAGUGCAAUAUGUAUCUUUGAAAGCUGCACUGGUCUCCAUGCAGGUUUCUGUGACUUAGGAAAAAAAAUUCAUUUCAUGUUUGUCCUGUUACCACUUUGCCUCAAUAAUGCUUGAAAUGUCAUUGAGCCGAAUAUGGGUUACAAGGUUUAUUACAGCUUUUGGUGUGCCUAGCUCUUGACCACGUGGCUGCUCUGGCCUUUGCAAACUGAAACAAUUGAAGCCUGUUGCUUUGCAGCUUGCGGUAAGGUAAAAUGGCUACUGACCAUUGCAUUUAAAAGUUACUAAAGAGAUUCUUCUCACCCUGGGUAGACAGAACAUGUUGAAGUUAAGCCACAUAUAAUACACUGAAUUCCUUUCUACAAAGACAUGUGCCUAAGAAAAUAGCUGAAAUUCAUUCAGGCAAUAGCUCAGUGUUCAUUAUUCUCAAAUGUCCAUGAUGGCGGUAAU